AUGGACCCAUUUUUGGACGAAAAAGGAAUGGUCCGAGUGGGAGGACGUCUUCGACAUGCAGAUCUAACUCCAGAUCAGAAGCAUCAGAUCAUUUUACCAGUGGGUCAUCAUGUAGUCACAUUGAUAUUUAACCAGGAGCACGCACAACGAUUGCACUGUGGCCCAGAGCAGCUAUUGAAUUUUGUUCGGCAAAAAUAUUGGCCCUUAAAUGGAAGAAGAGAAGCAAAAAGAAGCAGAGUCACGGAAACUUGGAGACCAUUCUUUAUUUCUGGAGUAGAUUAUGCUGGUCCACUACAAAUGAGAGAGAGUAGAAGCACAAGGGCGAUACAUUUAGAACUGGUAACGGCAUUAACCACGGAGGCCUUCAUGGCGGCCUUGAGAAGGUUCGUAGCAAGAAGGGGUAUGUGUUCGCAACUGUACUCCGAUAACGCGACUAAUUUCGUGAGUGCAGCGCGAGAAUUGCGAGAAAUUUACGAGUUCCUAGCAAACAAUGAAAAGGAAAUCGGUGAGAAAUUAGCAAAUCAAAAAAUCGAAUGGAAGUUUAUACUUCCCAGCUCGCCACAUUUUGGAGGGCUAUGGGAGGCCGCCGUGAAUGCAAUGAAAAGGCAUCUAAACACGGUAACGCGAGGGCUUAUCCAAACGUAUGAGGAGUACAACACAUUGCUGAUAGAGAUAGAAGCAGUCCUAAAUUCGAGACCCCUAACUCCCUUAUCCGCGGAUCCCAACGAUUUGGUAGCAUUAACCCCUGCUCAUUUCCUUAUCGGGGACUCCCUACUAGAACCUGUGCAGAACAAUUUCGUAGAUGUUUCAGAUAACAAUUUAUCCCGACAAGAGAAAGUGGAGCCAGGGACAAUGGUCCUUCUGAAGGACGAUAAUUUGCCUCCGCUGAGAUGGAAACUGGGCCGAGUGGUGGAGACGUUCGUGGAGAUAUUCGCGGGCGAUAAUGGAAUCGUUCGGGUCGCUACAGUUCAGACCGAAGGUGGAAGGUAUGUCGCUAUGUAA